GUUUAAAAGUUCUUUAAAGGGUUGAAAGUUUUCAUAUAGUAGUAGCUGACUUUGGAUUGUCACGCGACAUAUACGAGAAAAAUUACUACAGCAGUAAAAACCAAAAGGCAAGACUUCCGUUAAAAUGGAUGUCACCAGAGAGCCUUGAAAAAGGGAUUUGUAGUUCCCAGUCUGAUGUGUGGUCUUUUGGAGUUGUUUUGUGGGAGCUCGUAACAAGAGGAUGGAGGCCGUACCCAGAAGUGGACGGGUGGGACAUGCUAAAAUAUUUGAAAAAUGAACGCAGGUUGACCAAACCAACGCAAUGUCCAGAUGUUCUAUACACAAUAAUGCAAGAUUGCUGGAAUCUUGAACCCGACCAAAGACCAAAAUUUUCAGACCUUGUUAGAAGCCUGACACAGAUUCUGUCUCCCUCAGAUGACUAUUCCGAAAUACAUUCGGAUUACGAGACUCUGCAGCACAUUUACAUUAAUGCAGAUACUGAUGCUGGAUAUAAUCAGAUAAAACACUAAACGACAGCAUAUUAAAUGUUCUUCGCUUUUGAAAUUUUUAAAUGUGAUGCUGACUGAGUAAAUUGUACUGUAAGACUUGUCUUUUUGUUUGAUUAUUGUUUAACAAAUCCCUAUCGAGAAUAUUUCACUUAUAUAAACACGCCACAACGUGUAGGUGUAAAAGGGAUAUAGAUCACUUUUAAAAAUAAUAGGUUUGUCAUUUUGAAAUUUUUAGAUAAUUAAUUUGAUAAUUUUUGCGUGGUAUUUAAAAGGAUGUUUUAACCCGUGUGCUUAAUUUAUGUUACAACUAUGUCUCUUCUACGAUUUUUGUUACAGAUCUGUUUUAAUAUCUUAUAAGCAUAAUAAAAGCUUAUCAGUACCAGGAAUGGACUCUGUAAAUAUGACUUAUCACAAACUGCAGAUAUCUUCCCAUCGUAUUUCUUUUCGAAAAUUAAAGAAAAAUGCGAGUUGAACUUUCUUAUCACCAUUUAUAUAUGUCAAAAAACCUUACCUCCAAUAAUGUUCUUCAACAGCCAAUAUGGAACAAUUGUAAAUUUGUUUAUAGAGGAAAUACAUUAUAUUAA